CCGCCCAAAGAUGUAUAAAAGCAGGAGUCUAUUCAUCAUGUCAGAGAUUAGCUGUCACCCGCAAUCGUCACCAACUUGCCAAAAUGCUCGCCUCGAUCCGGACCCUGCUGCUUGUUGGCCUCUCUACUGGCUCAGCAGCACAAGUCAAUACCUCGGACAAUGCCUACUUUGAGCAUCUAGAGCGAUACUGGACCUAUGGACGUUCUCCGCCAGUAUACCCCUCGCCAAACACAACUGGCUCCGGUGACUGGACUACAGCCGUAUCGCAAGCGCGUGCACUCGUUGCCCAGAUGACUCUGGCUGAAAAAGAAAAUGUGACUAUGGGCUUCACUAAUGCCGAGUUCAAUGGAUGCAAUGGAAAGAGCGGUGGUGUGCCACGAUUAGGAUUCCCUGGCUACUGUUUGAAUAACGCUGAGAACGGUGUGGGUGGUGCUGAGGGUGUCAACGCUUACCCCGCGGCAGUUCAUAUGGGAGCUUCCUGGAACCGGGAACUCGCAUAUACCAGAGGAAUGCACAUGGGCCGUGAGUUCAGACGGAAGGGCGUCAACGUGGCUUUGGGACCUAGUUUGGGACCGCUUGGACGUAGUCCUAAAGGUGGGAGAAAUUGGGAGGGUCCUAGCAACGACCCGUAUCUGACCGGAGUCCUUAUUCACGAUACGACAGCCGGCAUGCAAAAAUAUGUCAUGACGAAUCUCAAACACAUAGUCGGGAACGAACAAGAGACCAGUCGUAAAUAUCCGCGUUUUCUCCCAGCACCAAACCGCAAUACCUCGAUCUCGUCCAACAUCGACGACAAGACGAUGCACGAGCUUUACCUGUGGCCGUUCAUGGAUGCGUUGCGUGCUGGUGCUGCGAGCGUGAUGUGCAGCUACCAGCGCGUGAACAACAGCGAUGCAUGCCAGAACAGUAAGGUGCUCAACGGUCUCCUCAAGACUGAACUUGGCUUCAACGGGUUCGUGGUUAGCGACUGGUUCAUGCAGCAGAGUGGCGUAGCGAGCGCACUCGCUGGAUUGGACAUGGUGAUGCCUGUCGCUCCUUACUGGACUGACGGCAACUUGACAAACAUGGUUCAAAAUGGAUCUGUGCCUAUGACAAGGCUCGACGACAUGGUCACCCGCAUUCUAGCGCCGUGGUAUAAAAUCGAGAGUCAAGCCGACGACGGUGGCCAGCCAGGUUAUGGUAUACCUGCGAGUUUGACGCAACCUCAUCGAUUUGUCGACGCACGAUCACCCGAUUCGAAGCCCGUCAUCCUUCAAAGCGCAAUGGAGGGUCACGUGUUGGUCAAAAAUGUCAAUAAUGCGUUACCUUUGAAGAAGCCUAAGUUCAUCUCGAUAUUUGGCUACGAUGCUGCUGGCCAACUGAUGAACACCGCGGAAGUGGCAGGCUUCAACCUGUGGAAGAUGGGUAUGAGGAAUACGCUUCAAUUCCUCAAUGGAACGACUUUUACGGCCGCCGCUCUAGACCUCAUGUUCGGAUCGAGUAUGGAGCAGACCACUACCGGGCCUGAGAUUGCGCUCAACGGAACACUCUUCACUGGUGGCGGCUCUGGAGCAGUGGUCGGUGCCAUUGAUGCGCCACUUGAUGCUUUCAAGCGACGAGCGUAUGACGACGACACCUAUCUUGCUUGGGACAUCCAGACCCCCAACCCAGUCGUAAAUGCUGCUUCGGAGGCGUGUCUAGUCUUCAUCAACGCGCAGGGCUCUGAGUCAUGGGAUCGACGAAAUCUUUCAGAUGCCUAUUCAGAUGGCAUUGUGAAGAGUGUAGCGUCUCAGUGCAACAACACCAUGGUGGUCAUUCACAGUGUUGGUGUAAGAAUUGUGGACGAAUGGUUCGAUCAUCCCAACAUUACAGCUGUCGUGCUGGGUCAUCUCCCCGGACAGGAUUCCGGUCGUGCGCUUGUCGAGCUCAUGUAUGGUCGCCAGUCUUUUUCGGGUCGCCUUCCGUACACUGUCGCCAAAAAGGAAUCCGAUUACGGUCAUUUGCUAGACCCAGUCUUGCCUAGCGACGAUACAGCUUUCUACCCGCAGUCUAACUUCACAGAAGGCGUGUACAUUGAUUAUAAGCAUUUCGAAAAGGAAGGCAUUGAGCCGCGUUUUGCCUUUGGUUUCGGAUUGACGUACACCGAUUUCGAGUACUCUGGCCUACAAAUCCUCACGGACUCCACUGCCACCGCUUCGCGCUUACCUCCCAAUCCUGAUGUCAUUCUUCAGGGCGGCGUUGUAUCGUUGUGGGAAGAGGUUGCGCGCGUACGAGUCACAGUCGAGAAUGUUGGCGAUGUAGCGGCAAAAGAGGUAGCCCAACUGUACUUGGGCAUUCCUGGCGGACCAGCGAAGGUUCUCCGUGGGUUUGAGAAGCAGCUCUUGGUACCUGGCGAGCGUGGUGUUUUCGAGUUCCCCCUCACACGCCGCGACUUGAGCGCCUGGAACGUUGUUGAACAGCAGUGGGAGUUGCAGCGCGGGACAUACCAGGUGUCUGUUGGAAAGAGCGUUGUGGACAUACAAUUGUCAGACAGUUUCGAGAUCACGGACGCGUGA